GUCCCUGCCCGGGGUGUCCCCAUGGCGACGUGGUGGCGACUCUGUGUGUGCAGCCUGGGAAUCCUCCUCCUGGCGCCGUGUUCUCUCUCUGAGAAGUUCUCUCUGGCUGGCUCCCCACACCCCGUGGUGGGGGUAGUUGGCCGGGAUGUGGUGUUACCCUGCCAGCUCUCACCCCCAGCCCGGCUGCCCAGCAUGGAAGUGCUGUGGAGGAAAACUGGAUCAGGAUUUAUCCCGGUUCACAAGUACUCGGGUGAGGGUUCCCAGGACCUGCCAGGGGAGGGUUACCAGACCCGGACGGAGCUGUUCCCACAGGAGUUCAGCAGUGGGAACGUCUCCCUGAAGCUGAAACGGCUCCAAGUGUCAGAUGAUGGGAAAUACCAGUGUCUUGUGAGGAACCCAGAAUGGACCCAGGAAGCCACCAUUGAGCUACGGGUUGCAGCUGUGGCUCCAGUGUUCAUUGAUGUACUGGGCCCCCGGGAUCAGGGGAUCGGGCUGGCCUGUAGAACCACAGGCUGGUUCCCCAAACCCGAACUCCAGUGGGUUGGAAAGAACUGGCAGAACCUGGCAAUGGAGAGUGUGACUGACAUGACUCAGGACAGGGAGAACCUGUAUAGUGUUGUGAGUCACGUCACUGUCACAGAAAGGGAAGAGAAUGGAGACAUCGGCUGCAUAGUGCGGAAUGGCCUGCUGGAGACUGAGCAGAGAUCUGCCAUUCACCUCUCAG